AUGUCGCGGGAGCAACCGCCGGUGCUAGCGGCGGCCUCGAUCGGGAGCUACGGCUACGGGGCGUAUCUGGCGGACGGCUCCGAGUACAGCAGAGAUUACGGCAAAUCGGUCACAAAGGAAGCGCUCAAGAACUUCCACCGGAGGCGGCUCCAGGUGCUUGCAGACGCGGGGCCGGACCUGAUCGCCUUCGAAACGAUCCCAAACAAGCUCGAGGCACAGGAUGGGAUCAACGCGGCGAGCGGAGAUUCUAUCACCGAGUGCGCGGCCGCUGCUGAUUCCUGCGAGAGGGUGGCUGCCGUCGGAGUAAACUGCACUGCUCCCAGGCCAAUCCACGGGCUUGUCCUGUCGAUCAAGAAGGUACGACAUCGUGCAGUCGUCGUGUACCCGAUCAGCGGGGAGACCUACGUCGCCGAGACGAAAGAAUGGGUGCAGGGCUCGGCCGGCGCGUCGGGGACGAACUUCGUGUCGUACGUCGGCAAGUGGAGGCAGGCGGGCGCCGCGCUCAUCGGAGGGGGCUGCAGGACGAGCCCGGCCACGGUGCGAGCGAUCGCGGGGGCGCUGCGCGAGGACGACGCCAUCGCCGAAAAACGAUGA